AUGUCGAAGACAGAUGUGACAAAAUUGGAGACAGAAUCAAAGAAGUUAGAACUUAGUAAAGCCUAUGAUGCAUUAUUUUCGAACGCUAGCACAUCAAAAACAUAUACAGAAUGUAAAUUAUUCGAAAGUGGAACCAAACAAAAUGAUGGCGCUAAAAAACUUUGCAAUAAGCUUUUAUACUUAUUAGAAAAUAUAGCUAAGAACCCGAAAACGGCUGAUAAUGUUAAACGGUGCAGUUAUUUGCGCUACUGGUUUUAUGAUGAAAUAUGGAGAUUACAUACCGAGCACUCUAUAAAAAUUGGUGAAAUACCUUUUGUUAAAGAACUUAUUGAUAUAAGGAGUAAGGUUCACACAAAGGAAUUAAAAUAUACAUGUGACAUACUAUAUGAGAAAGAUGUUAAUUUAAACGAAUGGAAAAAAAGGAUACUUUCUUAUAUUUAUUUUAAAAACCAUGAUGAUAUUAAAAAAAUUAGUAUUUCCAAAAAUAGAACUGAAUGUGAUAAGCGUUUGAAAUAUGUUGAGAGUUUUAUGCCAUUAUAUACAGAGUAUUAUGAUAAGCACUGUAAGAAUCGUGGUUUUUUUUUGUUUUCCACUGGUGGUACUGAUUAUUUCCGUUGCCUUUCUUCAUAUAACGCAAAGGAUCUUUUAGCUGCGUUAAAAAAAUGUGAGCCUCCAGAGCCUCCAAAGAGCAGAAUUUCAGCAGGUUCUGCAUCGGUUAGUGGUAGAGCUGGAGGAUCAGCUCCAGUAAGUUCAGCAGUUACAAGGGGUGCGACAAGUUCGGUUGUUUCAAGAGGUUCAUCAAGUCCUGUAACAACAGUACGCGUAGCGGCAGUACCAGUACAAGUAUCCACUUUGCAACCAGCAAAAUUUUUGGCCCCCUCGACAGGAGGUAUCUCCGGACAGGGUCCUCAUGCAGCGUUGCCCCCUAAUUUACAGAUUCGAAACGAUGCCGGCCAUGGGGCCACGGCUGCUGUUCCUAGUACUUUGGAUAGUGCAUCCGAUAAGAUGGAUUCAAACUUUAUACGUGACAUCAUCAUGGGGGUAGCAGUAAUUGGAACAAUUUUAUUUCUUUUCUUUUACAACAUGUCUUCUGGAUUAAAAUUCAGUUCCCCCAUAAAAAAACGAAAUAAAAAAAAAAUGAAACAUAAUUAUUACGAAGAGUAUGAAAAAGAGUUUGAAAAAUAUGGUUCAGAAGUUAUGUCAUUAGAUUCUGAAGAGGAUCGAUACUAUUUGAAUUAUCAACCUGAAGGCGAUUACGAUUACUAA